AAUAACAACUCCUGCUGGUCUUCUCUCAGGAACGGGACUCGAGCUUCACGAAGGACCCGUUUUCUACAAAGCCGUAAUGAAGUCGGCUCUGCUUCACGUAUCGGCGCCGUUUGUGCUUUGCGUCGCCUUGGCGAACACCAGCUUGUUCGCCAAUGUGGAGGUGGACUUGUCUUAUGACCAUUAUGCGGAGAAAAGGGUUGAUCACCUGCCCGGUUUCCUGGCGAUGCCCUGUAACUGUCUGGUUAACCUGGCCUACAUCUGCAUGGGACUGUAUUGGCUACGGUGGCACGGAGGCAUCAGCGAAACGGAGCGGAGCCGGUAUAUGAGACAAGUUUUCGCUUUCAUGGCUGUCUUUUACGGACCCGUACAGUGGACGCGCUUGGCAGUGCUACGGCGCGCUCCCGCCGUGCUCGACCAGUGGUUCACAUUACCGAUCUUCGCGUGGGUCCCGGUGUGGAUCCGCUAUAUAGAGCAGGGACCGGCGAAGUGGCGCGUGUCGGACGCGGCAGCGCUGGAACUGUUCUCUAUCCUCAGCUACGGCCUGGCGCUGGCGCACGAGCGGGGCUUCGAAAUGGCGUUGGGCUGUCACGUCGCCCUUGCGGCGUACAAGGGAGUUCGCGUGCAGCUGGGGCACGGGGACAGCCGCACGCGCGGAUAUAUGCUGCUGGCGUUGCUGUCCUGUGCGGGGUUCGUGGUGCUAAAGCUGCUGGAUCACUGGCUCGCUCGCCAGUCGCUCUUCCAACGGCUCACCGGACACUUUUGGUCCAAAGUGUGCGACGUGCUGCAGUUCCACUUCAGCUUCUGUUUCCUGACCACGCUGACAGAGAGGGUGCAGGGGAAAACCGCCUCACAGCGGGAGUGAGGACGCUCUGAUCGGCUUAUGUAACUGGGCUAUUCAACAUUCAACAACUGGCUUUGAUUGGACUCUGAAUUAGAUUUGGAAUCACAAAAACCGAUACAGCCCACAGUGGACUGUAAUAAUGGACAGGAUAAAAACCCUUCCACAGUGGGCUCACCCAGUCAUGAUGUCCACCCAGCCCGCCAGUCAAGCUUUAAUGAAAGUUAUGACUCAUAAUACAAAUAGUGCAUUUCCUAAAAUCUUAAGUACCCAACUCUCCUUUUUCCAUAAUAAAACCUUUUUACACCUCCUUUUUAAAAGCAAGUCCAGAUUCAGAGUGUCUGACACCCUCUGUUAAGCGCCCCGACAUGACCUGUGCGAUGUAACCCUUAAUGAAGGAAAUUUCUUUACAAUGUGAUAAAUGUACAUGACAAAGACAUGCAACUUCAAACUCCUAUCUCGCAAAUGAAAUGUAAUCACAUGAAAUUCAGAUUUUACACAUAUCAAUGCUUUUUUAUAUGUGAUUCAUUCUAAACAGGCACAUGUGGUCUUUGUAAAUUUCACAUGUGAAAACAUGAAUGUCAAAUGCUAUUUCUGUAAGGGUAAAUUUGGCAUUUUUAGGUAACAAAAAUAAACAAGGGAUUUGAUAUUUUCAAUCAGAUUUUUUUGUGGAGGUGGUUGUGGAACAGCAUCUAGACCUUCGUGUUGUGGGGAAAAAUGAUUGAAUAAAUAAAGUGCACUAAGGGGACUUCAACCAUGACCUCAGGAUUUCUAAGAUUGGGUAACUGUCCCCAUAAAGGAACCUCUGACACAAUACAGUAUACUCUUCAUACAAUCCAUAUUAAGAAUGAAAGGUAUAGAAAACCUCUUGUGUCUCAGCUGAUAAAAUUGAAUUGAAACAUUUCAGGUGGAAAUUUGGAUUAUUGCAACAAAAACAAAAUGAAUCAAUAAGAAUAUAUAUUUCUUUACUUUUAACACAUUUAAAAGAAAGGGAAAAAAUACUUGAUAUAUGAAUAACAAAAGUGGACCGUUCAUUUCUCGGAAAUCAGCUUUAUUGUCAAGCAGAUUAACACAAACAAGGAAUUUGUCUGUAAUUAUAUAGUGAUGUCGAUGUCAGAUAAAUGCAUGUUUAUAAGAUGUGCCAUUCUGGGGUUGUCCUUUUGAAAUUUCUGUGAAAUAAAUGUGAAACCCCUCA